AAACAAAAUGUCAAACCAAUCGACUUUAUUUGUUUUCCCUUUCUUUUCUUGUUGGUGUCCUUACAGAGCCUAAGGGGGUAUCAGUAUAACAGCCCCGGGAACAACCCCGCGAGGUUCUUGAAAUCUUUGAUCGCUUCCUAGUUUUCCCCAUUUCUAACGAGACGAACACCAGAAAUCUCGGGUACCCAGAAGUGUUUCGAACGCAUUUCCUUGUUUACUCGCUAAACCUAGCUAAUUUACACUGCCAAUUUUACCCGAAAAAAAGAGAGUUGAGUGUGAAAGAGCAAGAAAAUGGCUUCGGGGAGCAGAGCAACGCACGCCCAUCACCACCAGGCCCAAGCUCAAUCUUCGGGAACAAGCAAUGUUAGAGACCCUGUAAGCAAAGCCAUUGCUCAAUACACCGUCGACGCUCGCCUCCACGCCGUUUUCGAACAGUCCGGCGAGUCGGGUAAGUCGUUUGAUUACACCCAGUCUAUUAGAACAACUACAUCUUCCGUUCCCGAACAGCAAAUCACUGCCUAUUUGUCUAAAAUUCAGAGAGGGGGUCAUAUUCAGCCGUUUGGCUGUAUGAUUGCCGUUGAUGAGGCUACUUUUCGGGUGAUUGCUUACAGCGAAAAUGCCCAAGAAAUGCUGGGCCUCACCCCGCAAUCAGUUCCGAGCCUUGAGAAACCAGAAUUGCUCACAGUUGGGACUGAUGUACGGACCCUUUUCACCCCUUCAAGUGCGGUUUUGCUUGGAAGGGCAUUUGGGGCACGAGAAAUCACGCUGUUGAACCCAAUUUGGAUUCACUCCAAGAAUUCUGGGAAACCGUUUUAUGCGAUUUUGCAUAGGAUUGAUGUUGGGAUUGUGAUUGAUUUGGAGCCUGCAAGGACAGAGGACCCUGCUCUGUCUAUUGCAGGGGCUGUGCAGUCUCAGAAGCUGGCAGUGCGCGCGAUUUCGCGCUUGCAAUCGCUUCCCGGUGGGGAUAUUAAGCUGUUGUGCGAUACGGUGGUUGAGUGUGUGAAGGAGCUUACCGGUUAUGACCGGGUUAUGGUAUACAAAUUUCAUGAGGAUGAGCAUGGUGAGGUUGUGUCUGAGAGCAAGAGGCCUGAUUUGGAACCUUAUAUUGGGCUGCACUAUCCUGCCACUGACAUUCCUCAGGCAUCGAGGUUUUUGUUUAAACAGAAUCGGGUAAGGAUGAUUGUGGACUGCCAUGCAACACAAGUUCAAGUAAUUCAGGACGAGGCACUCAUGCAGCCUUUGUGUUUAGUUGGUUCAACACUUCGGGCACCUCAUGGCUGCCAUGCACAGUACAUGGCUAACAUGGGGUCAAUUGCUUCUUUAGCCAUGGCUGUUAUAAUUAAUAACAACGAGGAUGAAGCUCAUGGGGGGCGAAAUGCCAUGAGGCUCUGGGGUUUGGUUGUCUGCCAUCAUACUUCUGCUCGUUGUAUUCCAUUCCCGCUCCGUUAUGCUUGUGAGUUUCUAAUGCAGGCUUUUGGACUCCAAUUGAACAUGGAAUUGCAAUUGGCUUUGCAGUUGUCAGAGAAACAUGUUUUAAGAACCCAAACCCUAUUGUGUGACAUGCUCCUUCGUGACUCACCUACUGGGAUUGUUACUCAAAGCCCCAGCAUAAUGGACCUUGUAAAGUGUGAUGGAGCUGCACUCUACUACCAAGGGAAGUACCAUCCCUUGGGUUUGACCCCUUCUGAAGCUCAGAUAAAGGAUAUCUUGGACUGGUUGUUGGCUUUCCAUGGGGACUCAACUGGUUUGAGCACUGAUAGUUUAGCAGAUGCAGGAUACCCUGGUGCAGCUUCACUUGGUGACGCAGUGUGUGGAAUGGCUGUUGCUUAUAUCACAUCAAAAGAUUUCUUGUUCUGGUUCCGGUCUCACACAGCAAAAGAGAUCAAGUGGGGCGGGGCAAAGCAUCACCCAGAUGACAAAGAUGAUGGACAGAGGAUGCAUCCACGUUCUUCUUUCAAGGCUUUCUUGGAAGUGGUAAAAAACCGCAGUUUGCCAUGGGAUAAUGGAGAAAUGGAUGCCAUUCAUUCCUUACAGCUUAUUUUGCGAGACUCAUUUAGGGAUGCUGAAGGAAGCAAUUCUAAGGCUGUUAUGCAUGCCCCUCUUGGACGUAUGGAAUUGCAAGGGAUGGAUGAGCUCAGCUCUGUUGCACGAGAAAUGGUUAGGUUGAUAGAGACCGCCACAGCUCCCAUAUUUGCUGUUGAUGUUGGUGGCCGCAUAAAUGGUUGGAAUGCUAAGGUUGCAGAGUUGACAGGAUUAUCAGUUGAGGAAGCCGUGGGGAAAUCUUUGGUUCAUGAUCUUGUUUUUAAGGAAUCAGAAGAAACUGUUAACAAACUUUUAUAUAAUGCUUUGAGAGGUGAAGAAGAUAAGAAUGUAGAAAUUAAAUUGAAGACUUUUGGCCUGCAACAAAAUAAGAAGGCUGUUUUUGUGGUAGUCAAUGCUUGCUGCAGCAAGGAUUACACAAAUGAUAUAGUUGGAGCAUGCUUUGUUGGUCAGGAUGUGACUGAUCAGAAGGUUGUGUUGGACAAGUUCAUCCACAUACAAGGUGAUUACAAGGCCAUUGUACAUAGUCCAAAUCCUUUGAUCCCGCCUAUAUUUGCUUCUGAUGAGAAUACCACUUGCUCUGAGUGGAACACUGCCAUGGAAAAGCUCACUGGGUGGACCAGAGACGAAAUCAUAGGCAAAAUGUUGGUUGGAGAGAUUUUUGGGAGUUGCUGUCGCCUCAAAGGCUCUGAUGCUAUGACAAAAUUCAUGAUUGUAUUGCACAAUGCAAUUGGAGGAUUGGACACAGACAAAUUUUCGUUUGCCUUCUUUGACAAAAAUGGCAAAUAUGUGCAUGCUCUCUUGACAGCAAAUAAGAGGGUUAAUAUGGAUGGCCAGAUUAUUGGAGCCUUCUGUUUCCUGCAGAUUCCUAGUCCUGAACUGCAGCAGGCUCUGAAGGUCCAGAGACAACAGGAGAAGAAUUAUUUUGCAAGGAUGAAAGAGUUGGCUUACAUUUGCCAGGAAAUAAAGAAUCCACUAAGUGGUAUACGUUUUACAAAUUCACUUUUAGAGGCUACAGACUUGACUGAAGAUCAGAAACAAUUUCUUGAAACAAGUGCUGCUUGUGAGAAGCAGUUGUUAAAGAUUAUAAGGGAUGUCAAUCUGGAGAGCAUUGAAGAUGGUUCAUUGGAGUUUGAGAAGGCUGAAUUCUUAGUUGGGAAUGUCAUCGAUGCAGUUGUUAGCCAAAUAAUGAUCUUGCUCAGGGAAAGAGGUCUACAGUUGAUCCGGGACAUUCCACAAGAAAUCAAAACAUUGGCUGUAUAUGGUGAUCAAGUGAGAGUUCAACAGGUUUUGGUGGAUUUCCUGUUGAAUAUGGUGCGUUAUGCACCUUCGCCAGAAGGUUGGGUGGAGAUUCAAGUUCGACCAACUCUGAAGCAAUUUUCUGGUGAAAUUACUAUUGUGCAUAUUGAAUUCAGGAUUGUCUGUCCUGGUGAAGGACUUCCUCCUGAAAUCGUUCAAGACAUGUUUCAUAGCAGUCGAUGGGUGACUCACGAAGGCCUAGGUCUAAGCAUGUGCAGGAAGAUUUUAAAGCUUAUGAAAGGCGAAGUCCAAUAUAUUAGAGAGUCAGAAAGAUGCUAUUUUCUAAUUAUGCUCGAACUUCCCAAGCCAAGGAGGGACACUAAGGGUGCUGACUAGAUGACUUGCAAUAAACCGACCAUGAGUUCUAGCCAUGUAAAAGCCUCGUAAUAUUUCACUUCUAGCUGUUUGGACUCCAGUUCAAGAAUCCAAAAUGCCUUCGAGGGAGUAAUGGCUCGUUUCUAGUGUGAAUACAAUUUGCUGAUCAUGCUAUUGUGCAGAAUAGAUUUGCCGGACUAUAAUAUAUAUGGGUGGGGGGGCGCAAAGCCAAGAGCUUGUUACUUGAGAAUUGGGAUGUUUAGGAGCUUCCACGGCCUAAAGACAGUUGACAUGGCUGCAAAUAUGGAGUGGGUGGGGUUGUCCUGAUUGUAUUUAUUGUGAUGCUAUUUGAACUACAUACACUACUCUUUAAGUUUCCCUCUCAACCCUGUAAUAACUACUGCUUUAGGUACACUUCCUAGAACUUACCCUCCCCUUGCUCACCGAGCAAUAAAACUCUUUCCCAGCUGUUGAAAUUUAUGUAGUAAAUUACUUCUGGCAACCGCAGUUGUACAGUAUAGUAUUCUCUCCCUCGUUGAUAAAUGUGAUCUCUUUUAUAGUAGCUAA